UCCCAGCAUCCAGCGCUCUGGUUGGACGGUGUAUUGGGCCAUAUCAGUCUAGGCUGCGCAAUGCUUGGCUGCAAUAAUGAACAGUACUCCGGACCUUGAGGGACACUACUCCAGAUUGGGAGCAGGCAAUUCCGAACUCCGAGGAACAGAGCCAAAGAUAUGCUCCGGACUUCCAGUCCGGUGUGAAGUUGACAUUCAAUCUGUGCUCUGGACAGUACACCUUCUUAAGAGCCUUCAGUCCGCCAUUACCCUCAGCGAAAAAUUGUUGGGACACAGAGUCUUCGUUCUGUCUGUUCUCCAGAUAGCCAGCGGAUUUCUGUUUUGGCCUACUGGUAUGAACUUAACAGGUUAUAAGCCUAAAAGCUAAUUUUAUCUUAUUUAAUAUACUUACACGUGAUAUAUCUAAGCCAGG